AUGACUUUUUACACGAAUUUUUCGAGAGUGUUUCGUUUCAACAAAUUCUUCCGGAAUCAGGGUGAGAAAUGGCGAAGCAGAAGAUACGUAGCUCCGAUACGAUUUCAUCGAUCGAUACCGAGAAGCGUUAUCAGCAAUAUCGAGAGUUCGAAGCGAGCUGUUAAAGCUGUUCUCAUUUUGUCUUACAAGCCACAACAUCAAAUGCAAAUUUAUGGAAAUAACUUGUUGACGAACAGCUCGGAAUAUGAAAGUAUCCUCGGCCUGAUCUUAAUUGUCGCGAGAAUUUUCGUGAUCGGUUCUGUUCUAACUGGAUUGGCUAUCGUAUAUUUCGUCACACGUUUUACGCACAGAUACGUGUUUCCAAAGAUCCUUCGAAGAGGCAUCGAAUUUCUUGGACCAAUUUUUAUAAAAUUCGGUCAAUGGGCGUCCACGAGGAAAGAUUUGUUCCCCGAAGAUGUUUGCCGCACGCUGUCGCAAUUGCAACAGAGCGCUUCCGCGCAUUCUUGGAUUUAUACGAAGCAACUGCUUAAAACAGUAUACGGUUCGAACUGGAGAGACAUAUUUGUAAAAUUCGAACGCGAAACGCCUAUCGGGUCAGGAUGUUGUGCUCAGGUAUACAAAGCAUGGGUGGAUCUGAAUGCUCGAGUGGAUAUAACGCGGAAACCUGAAAUACCUCUAUUCAUUCGAAGUAAAUCAUUUAAAUACACAGUUUCUUUCCUUUGCCUUAUUUAA